CCCCUGAACCAUUUAUCUAGUCUUACGCUGUAUUUUUGGCCAACCCCCAUAGACUAAGCUGGGGGCGGCCGUCCCCGACCCCUCCUCAUCCGGGCCGCUCACAGGGAGCGCACCCUCUUUUAUUACCAUGCAACAACACCAUGGAGAGGGGGCCGUUACACGUCUAUUUCCAUUUCCAUACCGACGGAAAAUGGGUUCGAAGCCACUUGUCUCGUCUCGGGGCCUGUUUCAUAGCAUUUACACGGUCUUGUUCGAUAUGGGAGCGGCGGAGAUACCUAUGUGCGAACAUGUUUUGGUUGAUUGGGUGGAUUGGGGGAGCGGGGGCGGAAUGUGUGUGGGGGGGGGGGAGGGUGGCGGCUGUCUUGUGGUUUUACCGUCUUGCUUUUUGGCUGUUCAGAGGGAGGCUUAUUCUAUUAUUAUGUGUUCACAACGAGGCCACUCCCCUGCUCCCGUCUCUGUUCGUUCUGGCUAAUUGGAUUUCGGGACUUUGCCUGGCUGUCCCGGAAAUUCAAAUCCUCUUUACUAUUUCUAAUACAUACAAGCUUCUUGGUAUCAGCAUGUGGGUGGAUGGAAGCACGGCGGAAGGUGUGCGAGUUGCGUGUCUCUCGGGGACGAUCGGGGACGAGAUGAAGGGGUGUAUAUCUCUGGGGAAAGGGGAAGACAGGACGAUGUGCGUUGAUGGCGGCGAAUACAUACACGCUGGGUUGCCGUUAGAAGAGGCGCUUGCCGUCGGCAUGGUGGAUAUUGGGCGGGAUUCGUGGUAUCAGUAAAUACAUAUAUAUACAUACAUCAGGGAAUGGUAGCCCAAUCCAUGCAACGAAGCAGAACAAGACUGCCGUCACAUCCAAUAAGGCUUUGCACGAUGUGUGCCGUUUCCCGACGUACGUUUGCGUACAUC